AUGGCUGCCGGUCACUUCUUGCCAAGCUGGAGGCGGCUCCCAGCUAUCGCCGCCGCCCUCGCGCUCACAUGGCCGGCCGCCCCGGCUGUUGCCGACAAGACUGCCGGCGACUACUUUGUCCACUCGCUGCCGGGCGCCCCUCCAGGACCCCUAGUAAAGAUGCAUGCCGGACACAUCGAGGUCAACCCCGAACAUAAUGGCAACCUAUUCUUCUGGCAUUUCCAGAACAAGCACAUUGCGAACAAGCAAAGGACCAUCAUCUGGCUGAACGGCGGCCCCGGGUGCAGCUCCGAGGAUGGCGCGUUGAUGGAGAUUGGCCCGUACCGCCUCAAGGACGACCACACCCUCGUGUACAACAACGGCUCGUGGAACGAAUUCGCAAACGUCAUGUUUGUCGACAACCCUGUCGGCACCGGGUACAGCUAUGUCAACACCGACAGCUAUGUGCACGAGCUGGACGAGAUGGCCGACCAGUUCAUCAUCUUCUUGGAGAAGUGGUUCGCCUUGUUCCCCGAGUACGAAAACGAUGAUCUUUACAUUGCCGGAGAGUCUUACGCCGGUCAACACAUCCCUUACAUCGCAAAGCACCUUCUGGCCAGGAACAAGCAGCCGCAAAUUCAGCACAAGUGGAAUUUGAUGGGCCUAUUGAUCGGCAACGGAUGGAUCUCGCCGCGAGAACAGUACGAAGCAUACCUCCAAUUCGCAUACGAAAAGGGCUUGGUCGAGAAGGGAAGCGAGAUUGGCAGCAAGCUCGAGGCUCAGAACCGCAUUUGCCAGAAGGAGUUGGCCGUCAGCCCUGGAGCUAUCGACAACGGCGACUGCGAAGCCGUGCUUCAAAACCUCCUCCAACUGACGGCGAAGCCGAAAGGGGACGGCAAGCAAGAGUGCUACAACAUGUACGACGUGCGCCUUCGCGACGACUUCCCCUCGUGCGGCAUGGCCUGGCCGCCUGACCUGGACUCCGUGACGCCGUAUCUGCGCCGCAAGGACGUGGUGGAUGCCCUGCACAUCAACGCCAACAAGAACACGGGCUGGACUGAGUGCAACGGCAUGGUCGGCCAGCAGUUCAAGCCCAGCAAGUCGAGGCCCUCGGGCGAGUUCCUGCCGGACCUCCUGAGCGAGGUGCCCAUCGUCCUGUUCUCGGGCGCCGAGGACCUGAUCUGCAACCACCUGGGCACCGAGGCGCUGAUCGGCAACAUGGCCUGGAACGGCAGGCGCGGCUUCGAGCUGUCCCCGGGGACCUGGGCGCCGCGGCGCGACUGGACCUUUGAGGGCCAGCCCGCGGGCUUCUGGCAGGAGGCGCGCAACCUGACGUACGUGCUCUUCUACAACAGCAGCCACAUGGUCCCCUUCGACUACGCGCGGCGCACCCGCGACAUGCUAGACCGCUUCAUGGACGUCGACAUCAGCAGCAUCGGCGGCCAACCCACCGAUAGCCGGCUCGACGGCGAGAAGCUCGGCCCCGAGACCACGGUCGGCGGCGCCGCCGGCAACGGCACCACCGAGCAGGAGGCCGCCAAGGCCAAGCUCGACGCCGCCAAAUGGGAGGCCUACCGCAAGUCGGGCGAGCUCGUGCUGGUCAUCGUCGCCAUCGCCGCCGCCGCCUGGGGCUACUACGUCUGGCGCGACCGCCGCCGCCGCCGCGGCUACCUCGGCCUGGCUGCCGCUGCCCCCGGCGGCAGCACUACCCCAUCGGGAGGCAGGCGCCGUGGCGGCGCCGCUGCCUCGGGCCUCGAGAACUUCCGUAAUAAGCGCACCAACACCGACGUCGAGACAGGCGACUUUGACGAGGGCGAGCUCGACGACCUCCACGUCCCGACGGACCUCGCCCACGACGACCGGUACAGCGUGGGCGGCGCGAGCGACGACGAAGCGGACGUCGCGGUCGAAAAGGGGGCUGCUCGCGGUGGCGGUCAUCGGAAUGGCACGACAAGCCGGAAUUAG